UCAAACAGCUUUCAAAUUUUACACCAGAUGACGUUGAAAUCGUAUAGCAUGGUGGGGAAAAGAACCACAUAACAUUUCAAUUCAACAGUUUUUUACUCUUCUUUUUCAAUCGUGGAUUUUUCAAUAAAUUUCUGGAAUGGAGAGCUUCAAGCAUGGAGAUAGAGUUUUUGCUAAAGUUCGUGGAUAUCCUUGCUGGCCUGCUCGUGUUGACAGCAAAUGCGAAGUCCUUGGAAGGACCCGCUACAAUGUGUUUUUCUAUGGCACGUAUGAAGUAGCACAAGUGAAGUGUGAAGAUCUGUUUCCAUAUGAAGAAAACAAAGAAAGGUUUGGAAAGGCCCAAAAACGUAAAGGUUUUAAGGAAGGUCUAUGGGAAAUUGAGAAUCGACCAAACAUAGGACUAGCAGAUGAUGUAGUUACUCCAGCCCAAGCACCACCUAUGUCGAUAGAAGCAAAUGAAUCAGAGAAGGAGGAAAACAACAAAGAACAGCCUGUGAAAUUGCCUCUUAAACAUAAACGAAAGAUUGAGAAGAUUCAGGAAUCGGAAACGGAACUCGAACGAGUUAGUCGAAGUGGGAGGCGAAUUAAACCUAAGCGGUUUGCCGACGAGGAGACUCUCGAACCAACCGCUCACGACACUCACGACAACCUUUUGUCCGAUUCGCUCGCAAUCACCCAACCGUCACAGGAAGAAGCAACUGAAGAUCCUGCAAACAAACGGAAACCCAAAGUUAAAACUAUUGAAGAAACGGUGGAAACUAAAGAUCAACACACUGAGAGUUCGAAUAAUAGCAACCAACAGCAUUCCGAGGUCGAUACGGAUGAAGUCGAAGGUGAUGACGAAGAUGAAGAACGAGCGCCUUCAGAAAAGAUGGAAGUCAAUCACAUAACUGAAGAAGUAAAAGCUCCUCCUAAAAUUAAAAAGAGAUCUCGUGUGGAGUGGAAUUGUAAAAACAGUCGGGAUGCUGCAAAAGUCAAGGAAAGUGUUAACCAGACUACGUUGCCAGAAGGAAUUAAAACCCAAAUUGAAGUCAAGGUCAACCAAGUAACACAGUCCCAACAGGAAAAGUCUAAUCGUAUACUAGAUGAGAAAAAGAAGACCAAACUUCGUUGGCUAAAAACAGAGAGUCGGCUAGUCGAGUUGGAUUAUCGCAUUAAAGAGAGCAUCAGUGUUAACAGACCAAAUUGUGUGGCGGCUAUCACAGCUUUAGAUGAACUCUAUUCCCUCCAAAUGGCUCCUUUGAUGUUGAAGAAACACCCUUUUAUUGUUACGACUAUUCUAAAACUGAAGCGUUAUAUUGGCCCUAAGGAAAGCUCCGAACAUACAGAAGAACAGAAGGCCAUGUACAAAGAAAAAUCCGCACUUAUCCGUAGCAAGGCGUCCAUGAUAUAUGAAAAAUUCAAGUUGUUGUUUUUGACGCCUGAAGGCCAAAACUUUUGGGACAAUUUUGCCGAACAUUUGGAAAAAUUCAAGGAAGACUGUAAAAAUCUGAGUGCCGAUAGUCUUGUCCGUUUGACUGAAGAUCCUUCUAUGAAGAAGAAAAAGACAGUUGAUCCGCCGUCGACCGAAUCCGAAACGACUUCUCAAAACGAAUUAACAAAGCCUAUCAAGACUGAAGAUGGAGCUAAAAAAUCUGAAGACUCUGACAAAGGAAUUACUGCAUCUGAGGAACCCAUGGCUACCGGAACCAACGGUGAUGGACCCUCCAGUAGCCACUAAUAUUUGAAAGAGACAACUAAUUAAGUAGCAACCCUCCUUGUAAUUUAACCGUGAAAAAUUGUUUGCUCGUUUUUUUUUCGCGAGUCGCUCCUUUUGUUUUCGAUCUAUCUUUUAAACCGAGGAAUAGGAUAACUAUUCAAUCAAGAAUAGUUUGUUUAGCGCAUCAUCAAUGGGAGUGUACUGGUUUUUUAAAUAUUUCCUUGGUCAACGGGGUUAAGAUAACUUUGAAACUGGUCAUUAUCGUUUAAAGUUUUGUUGGGUGGGCAUCCGUGCGGCCAAGGUAAUGGCUUUUUUGUGGAGAGCACUGUGAUUUGUCAAAGUCAAGCGCUGAAUUAAAUUCUGUUAAGAAUAAAUAAUCCUGAUACAAGAAA